AUGGACCCCUCCAAGAUCUCUCUUCCUGAGCUGAAGAACCUGACUACAGACAACAUCACAGACAAUGUACACCUCAUCAACACCCAUAAUAACCCUUCACCACGCCUAUCAUACAUACUCGACCGCCUAGUGACCCACCUCCACGACUUUGCUCGCGAAACUCGCCUCAGUACCGGCGAGUGGAUGGCCGGCAUACAAUUCCUAACUCAAACCGGCCAGAUCUGCACCGACGUCAGACAAGAAUUCAUCCUAUUGUCAGACAUCCUAGGCUUAAGUCUGCUCGUUGACAGCAUGGACCAUCCCAAACCGACAAACCUGGGAGUCACAGAGGGCACAGUCCUUGGCCCCUUCCACACACACGAGGCAGAACACAUGGAAUCCGGCUCGAAUAUGUCGCAGGACACCGAAGGUGAACCAUUACUUGUGAUAUGCACCAUUAAGGAUACAAAAGGAAAUCCCAUAGAAGGUAUCAAGAUUGAUAUCUGGGAGACUGAUAGCACGGGACACUACGACGUUCAACGACCGGAGGUGAAUCAUGGAAAGCCUGACGGACGCUGUGUCAUGACCAGCGAUAAAGAGGGAAACUUUUGGUUCAAGGGUAUUGUCCCUGUGAGCUAUCCUAUUCCUCAUGAUGGGCCGGUGGGGAAAUUGCUUGUGAAACUUGGGAGACAUCCGUGGAGACCGGCGCAUAUGCAUUUUAUGUUUGAGGGGGAGGGGUGGGAUCGGUUGAUCACAGCUCUAUACGUCCGCGGUGACCCCUACGAGACAACCGACGCAGUCUUUGGCGUCAAAGACUCGCUGAUCGUGGAUAUCAAUACUGUGACUGAUGAAGCUAUGGCGAAGCAGUAUGAUGUCAAGGUUGGCUCUAAAUUGCUAACGUAUGACUUUGUGCUCGUGAGUGAGCAGGAGAGCUCGGCGUUGAGAAAUGAGAGGGCAAAGGCGGCGCUGGAGAAGCUGGGUAGAAGAGUUAAGAUUGUGGAGGGGUUGCCUGUGCCGGACGUGGACUGA